UGUGGGCUGCUGUCAAGUCCCUCGCAGCCCUCCCUUCCCCUGCAGAGCAGGGCGGGUCUUCGACAGGAGGAGCCGCUCUCUUCGCCUGAUCUAGAUAGAGGAGGAGGAGGUAAAAGCCACGAAGUAACCUCCGAAGGAGCGCUCUUCCCUAGAUAGCAUUGCAUACAAAGCCAUGGAAAUGCAACCAAAUAAGCCUACACCUGAACCUCCUGAAAAUCCAGGGCCAGGCUAUCCACCUCCACCAGGAUAUUCACCUUCCCCGGGAUAUCCACCUGCGCCAGGAUAUCCACCUGCUCCAGGAUAUCAACAAGUUCAAACUACAUCUGGAUUUCCCAUGUAUGCCCCUGCAUCAGCUUUCCCAGGACAAGUGACUUCAGCCCAACUAGUUGAAGGUCAGCCUAAUGCGCCUGGCAGUGUAGUUUGGAUGCCAGCACCACCUGUGCCUCCCAAAUGUCCUCCUGGAUUAGAAUAUUUAAGCCAGAUUGAUCAGAUAUUAAUUCAACAGCAGAUUGAACUGAUGGAAAUGAUAACAGGCUUUGAAACUUGCAACAGAUAUGACAUCAAGAACACUUUGGGGCAAUGGGUGUAUUUUGCAGCUGAAGAAAAUGAUGACUUUACUGUAAACUGUUAUGGCCCAUCACGGCCAUUCACCAUCAAGCUCUUUGACAGUGCGGGCCAAGCAGUCGUAGAAGUGACAAGAAAUUUUCAGUGUACCUGUUGUUGCUGUCCUUGCAUUUGCUGUUUGCAAGAGCUUGAGGUUCAAGCCCCACCAGGCACAGUCAUUGGCUAUGUGAAACAGAAGUGGCACCCUUGUCUGCCUAAAUUUAUUAUCCAGAAUGAGGCCCGAGAGGAUAUGCUUAAAAUUGUUGCACCUUGUGUGCCAUGCCGCUGUUGUGAGGAUAUUCAUUUUGAGGUGAAGGCACUAGAUGGGAAAUCUGCAGUUGGACGAAUUUCAAGACAAUGGACUGGCUAUGUGAGGGAGGCUUCUACGGACGCUAGCAACUUUGCAAUCCAGUUCCCAGUGGAUCUUGAUAUUAAAAUGAAAGCAAUGAUAAUUGGGUCCUGUUUCCUGUUUGAUUUCAUGUUUUUUGAACGUGCAGGAAAUAGUAAUGCAGCAAACAAGAGGAGAAAAGGUAGGCUGCACGCCGGAGCAGGACACAGGAUGCACGCCGGAGCAGGACACAGGAUGCACAGAAGACACAGACAUUAAUUGCCCCUCCCUUUUUGCAUUAUGUAUACUUCAGAGAAGUCCUGCUACCUUUGUGGACAUUACAUUAAAGCAGCUAUAAAUUCAGCUUGCAUGAGAAAUUUUAGUUUUAUCACUUACUUAUUUCUAAAACAAGAAGGAGUAGCUGCAGUCUUCAUGACAUUUAUACCAGGAUAUUCCCCGUAAAUAACUAAAAAAUUGCAAUAUAUACUGAAUGCUUUAAUUGUUCACAGUAGUAUGUGUAUAUAUUAGGGACUUGCAUCUAGAAAAAAUUCAUUAUAGUUUCAUAUCUGGGGCCACUGAGUGAAAUGUUUAACGUGAUUGGGUAGCUUUUUGUUGAAGUGUUAACAGGUCAGGGUUGAAAUUCAUCAAGGUUUUCCCCCCCAUUCUCAUGAUUUUUGUGGCCAUUCUUUUCAAUGGGAAAGGGGAGGGAGGCCGACUGGAGGAUCUGGGUGAGCCGUUUUUUCAGCAAACAGCCCCCAAAUCACACAGAGCACAUUCCUCCCUCUAAGGAUUUUCUAAGUUUCAAAGGGGGGGGGGUGAUUUUACAGACCCCCCCAAAUAGAUCUCUCUCUGAGCAGCCAAGUUCUCUACUAAUUCCCAAAAUGGCUGUCAAGCUGCAGUCAGCCAGUCAGCAGAAGACUUGUGAUUUUCAUUACGCACAUGCCUAUUAUAUAUCUAUAUAUACAAUUUUGUAUGUGUACUUAUUACAGCUUAGAUUUCAUUAGUAGUUUAAAAUUAUUAUUUAGCAUGGCUCAGCUAAAGAAGACUAGCAGCUAGCAGCAGUAGAAGGAAAGCCUCCACCCAGCCUCCAUUUUUUAACCCUGCAGCUACCAUUGAAAACAUGAGCAAACUCAUUUACCAUCAUUUUUCAUAUAAUGAUUCUUACGUUUGUUGAGAAUUUGUACUGAAUUAUUGCAACUGCUUUGUUCAGCAGUAAAUGUGUUAACUGUGCUGAGCGGGCCAAAGGGAAAGCAGAAUGUAAAUCUAGCCUGCGCAUUAUGUAUGUUAGAACAAAUGGCAAUAAUACUAUUUUUGUGGUUAGUUGAAGAAACUAGCAUUUUCCUCUGGAAUGUAUUCCCAGACAGUAAGGAUAUCUGUUUCUAAUAAGUAUCUAAGUUUCUAAUAAGUCUCUGUGCACAGAUUGCAUUUUUGGAUCCAGUUUCAAGCAUUCGAGGUGUGCUUGAUGGUUAAUACAAAUAUACAUGAUUAUUUUCUCUAACAGUGUUUAUACUGGUUAUAAACUGGUUUAUACUGGUUAUUAUUAUUAACUAGUAACAAAGUCUGUUGUGGGAAAAAAUACAAUGGGCUCUAAAAAGGGACGGGAAGCCAGGCAGCCGUUACCCACUCCUUCGUGACUGAUUGCAGCCAGGUGAAGGUGGGGGGCAGACAUUGCAACCUGCUCCACUCCUGAUCCCAGCCAGGGGACGAGGGGGCGGGCAUUGCCACCUGCUCCGCUACUUAUCCCAUCUGGAUUAAGGGGGACAGGCAUUGCCUCCUGCUCCAUGCCUGAUUCUGGCCAGGUGAAGGGGGGCAGGGACUGCUGCCAGCUGGGUGAAGUCGGGGGACAGGCAUUGCUACCUGCUCCGCUCCUGAUCCCAGCUGGGUGAAGGCAUUGCCACCUGCUCUGUGCCUGAUCUCGGCCUGGGCUUCCCGCUGUGGCACACUCUUGGAGGGACGGGCUGCCUUUUCUGGGCUUCCCUCCACAGCAGCGCCCUCUGAAGGCACACCAGGGUAGGAAGUGAGUUGUCUGGAACAUGGUUAGCCUUUUAUAUAGUAGGAUAUCAGCACUAAAAAUACCCCUGAGUAUUAGGCAAAAGUCUAAAUUUGAAAGGGGGAGGAGUGUGACAGACAGGUUCAAGUUCUGCCUUCCUGGAGCCUCAGUCAAUCACUUUCAAAUGGUGAAUUGGAAAGUUGUGGGGGAGGAGUUUGGCAGUUUAACUACUAGCCAACUGACAGAGGGUGAUUGGAAGGUCUGCAGGUUAAGGACUUCAGGUAUUUUGAAAAUAAAGUGAGGUUCGGGUGCUGUUCCUGUCAAAGACAGUUAAAAGCAUGUCUGUUCCAUAUUCUAUUCUAUUCUAUUCUAUUCUAUUCUAUUCUAUUCUAUUCUAUUCUAAACAAGCAAAGUAAAUGUGGAGUGGCAUCCCUGAUUCCAGGCAUUGCCCUCAUUGGGGAUUAAGUGAUCCCAAAAGCUGGAUUAUAAACAUAAAAUUAUAUAAAAUACCAGAAGUUUGUAGGGUGUGAAAUUCUAGGAAUGGAAACAGGAUGUUGUCAUGUGUGGGUGGGACCUGGGUCAAAACGUGUAUCCCUGUAAGUAUGUAAGCCGACUCUUCAACAGCACCUUGGAAAGCAUCUUGAAUUUAUGGAAGCAACUUGCCUGCUAAAUGAGCUGCUACCAGUCGUAGUAAAUACUGACCUUGAUUUUUCAGUGGUCUGACUCUGUAUAAGCAGCUUCAUGUUUUCAGGCAUGAUGGAGAUAUUUAUACUUGAUAGUCCCGAGUAUAUGUUGGACUACUUUUGAACCAGGUAGCUCCAUUUUUACAGGAAAGCAACUUGUAUGUAUGUCUCCCAGAAACAUGUUUAAAUAUUUAAAGGUUCCAUCCAUAUUUGUGGCAAUUUUUCAUGAAUUCUUCUAAUCCGUUUUCCAAAGCCAAUCAUACCAUAGCAUACUAUAUAAAAAUAUAGCAUUGAACAUGAUCUGUAAAGUAUAGUAAUACCUCCUUUAACACUGUGGUUAUGUUCCUAGAAAUAAAGAGUGCCAAGUGCUACAGCUUUAUAAGAUAUUGCUAACACUGGUUCUAAUGGGGAUGGCAUUCAUAGAAGCAGCCUUAAGCAUGGAACAAGCAGGGCAGCUGCUUUGGGUCCCGUCCUGGAGGGGUCCACCUCCCACAGACCACCACUCCCUGCAGCCUCCAUAGUUGCUCACUGCCACACCAUGCCAACAGGUUAAUAUAUAUUAUAUCAAACUAACAUAGGUACUCUUUCUGGACUAACUGAAGUAUAUGAUUUCAAAUAUAUUACGGUUCCUUUUUGGUAUUUUUUAAAUGUAGUAAAUGGAACAACCCAAGAACAAAAAGUUAAUUGAAUAUGGGUUCAAUUACAUACACAGCAAGUAUAAACAAUCUGAAAUAAAACUACUUGUAUUGUUGGGAUGCUUUUCCUUAUAUAUCAAUAAAAUUGUUACUUAUCAUA